AUGGAGGUUCAACUCUAUGUCUACGACCUCACCAAGGGCAUGGCCCGUCAAAUGUCACAGCAGUUUUUGGGAAUCCAGAUCGAUGCUGUCUACCAUACUGCCGUGGUUCUGAACGAUGUGGAAUUCUUCUUUGGAGCCGGUGUACAAACAUGCAAUCCUGGAACGACACAUCAUGGCCGACCAAUGGAGAUUAUUUCCAUGGGAAAAACCGAACUACCCUUUGAGACCGUCCUGGACUAUCUGGAAAGUCUCAAGGAAGUUUAUACGCCCGAAAGCUACGAUUUGUUUGCUCAUAAUUGUAACAACUUCAGUCACGACUUUGUUCAAUUCUUGGUUGGCAAACCAAUUCCAGACCAUAUAACGAGCUUGCCGAAGCGUGUGCUCGACACUCCCUUUGGACAAAUGUUAAGACCUCAGAUCGAUGCCAGCAUGCGAUCAAUCACUCAAGCAGAAGUACCAACUCAGAACCGACCGCAAGCUAUGAAUCCAAGUAGCACUCCCCAGCCAGCCAGUCGAUAUGGUCAAGUCGUGGAUCUGACGGACUCGAAUGACCUUGACAAGCAGCUCACAGCCGCCACCGAUACCUGUGUGACCCUUUUCUUUACAUCGUCCACUUGCGCACCCUGCAAGUUGGCCUAUCCAAUGUUUGAUCAACUUGCUGGAACUCAUCCGAACGCUCUUUUCGUGAAGGUCGACAUCAAUGAAGCUCGCGAUAUUGCGUCGCGAUACCAAAUCCGCGCGACACCGACUUUCAUGACACUCUCAAAGGGCAACAAGGUGGACGAAUGGUCAGGAGCGGAUCCCAACAUGCUAAAGGCGAACGUGGAGUUGUUGGUACAGCAAACCUUUCCACCACAUCCUCAUCUGAAUAUGGCCGUGCCUAGCCUGCAAUAUGGGUCAAUGAAGAAUGUCAUCUACUCCAAGCUACCACCUCUCGACAAGUUAAUGGCCAAGCUCGGAGACGCAGCAAACGAGGAAGAUAUCGUCAAUCUACGUGCAUUCGUUAAGAAGAGGGCGGAGAGUCCAAGAGAUGCUCCAUUACCUGACUUGCACCUCGUAGCAAAGGCCUCUCGGUCGAAGAUAUUGGCACUGCCAGUGGAAACUCGCUUCGCCGCCGUUGACCUUUUGCGAUGUGCCAUGGUCGAUCCUAGAGUCGGCGGGUUCUUCGCCGAGGAGAGAGAGCCAAAGACAGUUCCAUUGCUCAUCCGUCACAUCAGCAAGCUUGACAACUGCCCGCACAAUCUCCGCUUGGUCACGAUACACCUUGCAUGCAACACGUUUGCUUCCUCGUUAUACAUCAAAGAAUUGAUGGCCAGCGAGGAUGAUACACUUGCGCAGCUCAUCGAACUCAUCACUACCUCUCUACUGGACGCAUCACAUCCAACCACACGGGUUGCGGCCGCUUCUCUCGCGUUCAAUCUUUCAAUCGCCAACUACAAAGUGCGUCGCGAAGAGGGACAGGAAGCGCUGGCUGAAGGAGAGCAGGUGGAAUUGGCGGCGUCUUUACUGGAGACUCUAUCCGAGGAAGAGAGUCCUGAUGCCGCAAAGUUGUUACUGCUGGCUCUGGGAUUUCUGGCGUAUUGCUCGCCAGUGAAAGGCGAGCUGGUAGAUUUGCUGAAGGUCAUGGACGCAAAGCAGACUGUCACCUCGGGCAAGUGCAAAUCGCUGCAGAGCUUGGCGAAGGAGGUGGCGAGCGUGCUUUGA